GAUCAGGAAUCUUCUACACAUUUGGUUCAGAAGGAGGAGACUCGAUAAAUCCUGCUGUUGAUGAUGGAAGCUCCUCUGUUAUUCCACUGUUGAGUCCGUUUCAGUUCUUUGGCCUCACAUACCAGCAGAUUUAUGUUAAUAAUAAUGGAUUUCUCACAUUCAGCCAGGCCUCUUCACAGUAUGCUCCCUACUUAUUUCCAGCUUAUGGAAGUCAAGAUAUUAUUGCUGGACUCUGGACUGACCUUGAUAACAGUAAACGAGGAGUCGUCUCUUAUCAUCAAUACACUAAUGGAAGUGUUCUCACUCGCGCCACUCAGGAUAUCAACAAUUAUUUCCCAAAUCUGAACUUCACUGCUUCUUGGGUUUUUGUUGCAACGUGGAAUAAAAUGUCUUACUACAGCUUGAUCAGCACAGAAACAUCGUUUCAGGUGGUUUUAAUUUCAGGCAGUAAUUAUUCAUUUAUAUUGAUGAAUUAUGGUGACAUUGCUGAAACAGGACAUCCAGUGGAGGCUGGUUAUGACACGAUACACUCCACAAACUACUUUGUGAUUCCUGGAUCAAACAGUGGGAGCUCAAUCUCAAGCCUCAAGAACUCCAGUAAUGUCAAUGUUACAGGCCGAUGGGCCUUCAGGGUGGACAGUGGACCAAGAAACAUCAUCUUGAAAAACACUGUUGCUGGAAUUCAAGUGAGUUUUUCCUCAUAUUUAGACCUCACACAGAGUGGAAACGUUCAAUUUGUUUUACAGCGAGUCAAUCAGGAGCUGGUCAAAUAUGGUCUGCAAAACAACACAGUGCUGAAAUUAAGAAAACUGCUGAGGAUAUAUCCGUAAAUAGGCUU